AUGGGAAUCCUGUUCACGCGGAUGUUCUCCUCCGUGUUUGGCAACAAAGAAGCUCGUAUCCUCGUCCUCGGUCUCGACAAUGCUGGAAAAACUACAAUCCUCUAUCGCCUUCAGAUGGGGGAAGUGGUCUCCACGAUUCCGACUAUUGGGUUUAACGUCGAGACUGUGCAGUACAACAAUAUCAAAUUUCAGGUCUGGGAUUUAGGUGGACAAACGAGCAUCAGGCCAUACUGGCGAUGCUAUUUCCCGAAUACACAAGCAGUGAUCUACGUUGUUGACUCGAGCGAUACAGAUCGAAUCGGGGUGGCAAAAGAGGAGUUUCAUGCAAUUUUGGAGGAAGAGGAAUUAAAAGGAGCGGUGGUUCUCAUAUUUGCAAACAAGCAGGAUCUUCCUGGUGCUCUCGACGAUGCCGCUGUGACAGAGGCCUUGGAGUUGCAUAAGAUAAAGAGUCGUCAGUGGGCAAUCUUCAAAACUUGUGCUGUUAAAGGCGAAGGGCUUUUCGAGGGCUUGGACUGGUUGAGUAAUACAUUGAAGUCGGGAAGUGGUUGA